UCUGUGGCAUUUGCCUUUUACUCAUCUCAACUUACAAAGUAGGUUUAAUUUCUUAACUUAGAAAUUUUGGCUUUUUUUUUUUAUAAAAAUCUAUUUUUAUAUUUUAACUUUCUCUUUCUGAUUUUAACUUUCUUUUUCUAUUUUCUUAUGAAAACACUGAAAAGAAAAGGCUCGCCAUUGCGAAGAAUGAAUUUUGACGGGAAUAUGCUUUCUUACUUAUGGCACAUAAGAGAAAUCGAAUAUGCCAGGGGAGUGGAGGCCAUACAAUCCCUAUUAAAAUAUAUGUUUGAAAAAUUUUUUAUAACAAUCUUGGAGCGGACUAUGCCAAAGAAUCAAGCUUCAAAAGAGAAAAGCAUGAUUGAUCAUGAAAACAUUACAUAUGAUGGUCCAACCUUGACAGAUUUUCAGAAAAGCAGAGAAAUUGUAAUCAAGAAACUGGACCUGGAAAGAACAAUCAUCUGGGAAGAAAAAGCCCUGAAAUUAACCAGGGAAUUUGAAGAGCUUUGUGCCACUGAAGAAACUGAAGCUGGGGAAGAGAAAGAGGACAUUGAAAAUAAAAUUAUCGUGUAUGAUGCUUUCUCUCUAACAAAUCUCUUAAACUCAAGAGAAAAUGAAUUUGAACAACAGAAACUCAUAUUAAAGACUGCCUUUGAAGACAAAAUGCACAUCUUUCUUUCUGAACUGAAAGAAAUGUGUUUCAUGGAAACAAACUUUACUCCAGAAGAGGCAAACUUUGAUGAAAAAAAUGACACCAAAAAUGAAAACAUCAAUCAAAGUUCUUUGUUUCUGGCCCCUCUGUGGAAAAUUGGAGAAACUGCAUUCAAAAAGCAGGAACUGACCAAAACAGCAAUUUUGGAAGAGAAAACAGAGAGAUUUCUGAAUGACAUGAAAGAGAUGUGUGCUGUGAAAUAUACUGAAGCUAAUUUUGCAGAGCAUGACCACAUUGACAUGGAAAGCACAACAAAGGAAAAUGGCAGCAAAAAACUAAUUAGUUAUGAUAUUGCAACUCUGACACCUAUCUUCAAAACUAGAGUCACUGAAUUAAUAAAACAGAAACUGGCAUUAAGAACAGCCUGUCAGUACAGAGCACAGAAGUUCUACAAUGAAGUUAAAGAGAUAAGGGCCAUGGAAAACAUUGAAAUGAAAAACAUAACUGAAGAAGAGAGUACUCUUUAUGACCAUUUAAUCAUUUUUGCUCUCUGGAUGACCAGAGAAGCUAAUUAUACAAAAGAGAUCCAGGAAUUCCAAAUAUUUUUGGAAGAGAAAAGCCAAUUAUUUCUCCGGCAAUUACAAAAAAUAUGUAGUAUGAAAAAUAUUGAGAAUGAAGAUAUCACCAGAAAAGAAAAUUUAAUGGACAAGAAACACCCUUAUGAAAUUUCCACAUUUGUUUCUCUUUGGAACAAAAGAGAAAAUGAAUUCAGAAAACAAGAAAUGAGAAGAAAAAUCAUUUUGAAGGAGACAACAGAGAUCUUUUUGAAAGACAUUAAAAGAAUAUAUGCCAUGAAAGAAAACGAAGAGAAUGAAGAGGGAAAACCCAGAGAAGAAAUAGAGUUGAGUGCCAAAACAUCUGCAAAUGCAAAGAAGAAAGUGGUGAGCGCAAGGAUCUCUAGGAACUAUUCUAAAAAGGGAGAAGUGGAAAAAAUAACAAUAAAAAAGGAAGAAAGGGAAGAAAAUGAUGCAAAUAAAUGGAAUUUAAAACAAGAACCAGACAUAUUAGAAAAUGAAGAUUAUGCAAAUUCUGAGAAUAACAUUGAGAAAGCAGCAACUUCAGAAGAGUCCCUUCAGAGGAAGUUUACAGGACGGAUUCCUUCUUUUUAUCGAUUCUUUGGGAAGAGAAUCAGAAAGAGGACAAAAGAGACAACAAAGACUCCAAAGGUAGUAUCAGAAGUGGAAAUUCAUAUUGAAAGAGAAGAACAUAGUCUUAAUGAGCCAACUAUCACACUAAUGAAGUCUUGUAAUGAAAACAUCGAUAUCGAUGAAACCAAGACGUCCAUCGCCGAAGCUCAAGUAUCAACAGGCUUUAAUAUCUCUACGAGAAACUGCCUGGCAGAACUGUUAACUUAUAGAGAAAAUGAGAUGAAACAGGAAAAGCUGGAAAGGAAUAGAGCUCUGCAACAGAGAGCUGAAAAAUACCGAACAUUCAUAGAAACAUAUGCAGAGGGAACAAUGGAAAAUAUAGCAAAAGAGGAAGAAAAUGAAAAAAAUCAUGGAACAAUGAGAAAUUUGGACCAAGAACAAGAUGUAAGACUAGAGAGCAAAGAUGAUUCAAAUUCUGAAAAUGACAAUGAGACUGCAACAACUUCAGAGAGGUCACAUGAGAAGAAGUUUCCAAGAUGGAUUCCCUCUUUUUGUGGAACCCUUGGGAAGAGCAUCAGAAAGAAGACAAAAGAGACAAAAAAGGCACCAAAGUUGCCAACUAAUUACAGCUUGAGUUAUGCAUCUCAGGCAAAAAUUUCAGAGAAGAUAGAAGAAAAAAAUACUGAUCAAGAAAAAUUUCCAAAAUGUCAACCAGAAACAUCAUACUAUAUGAUAAAAAGAGGAGCAAUGAAAAAUCUAACAAAAGAGGGGGAAAAUGACAAAAAUGAUGGUACAACGAGAAAUUUGGACCAAGAACAAGACAUUAGACUAGAAAGCAAAGAUGAUUCAAAUUCUGAAAAUGACAAUGAAACUGCAACAACUUCCGACAGAUCACAUGAAAAGAAGUUUACAGGAUGGAUUCCCUCUUUUUGUGGAACUCUUGGGAAGAGAAUCAGAAAGAGGACAAAAGAGACAAAAAAGACACCAAAGUUGCCAUCUAAUUGCAGCUUCUGUGGUACAUCUCAGGCACAAAUUUCAGAGGAGAUGGACAAAAAUACUAAGAAGAUGCAAAAGGAGAUUAAAAAGCUCAAAGGAGAGGCAGAAAGAGACAAUGAAAAUUAGAAGAGUUUUGCAUACAGCAGUUCUAGAACAUCCUGUUUUAAUAGGAAUAUUCAAAUUUUUUGUGAUUAAAUUAUUUAGUUUCCAAUAAAUUUGUGAUAUAUUUUUCCCACA